AUGAAAUUCGUGACAGCCUUGAAACCUCUGUUAAUCCGAAGAUUUGUGUGUUGGGGUAAGAAAUACAAUGCCAAAGAUAUGAGUAUGAUCCUAUCGGCUGCUUUAGCCAUCAUACAAAGAGAUAGUAUUUCUGAGUUGAUGGUUAUUGCUGAUUUCUUCAAUUUCAUUUGGAGGGAACCGUGCUGUAAAUCGCUUUAUGAAAACCAAAUACUUGUUCAUCUCCCUGAACUUAGUAACAUAACAAACGAAAUAUCUAAACAGAUGGAUUAUGCUCUUCCCAUUACAACUGAGACUGUGUCGAAUUGUGUUGAAGUGAAAUCUUUGGGAGAAUCUAGAGUUCAUCAGGGAAAUCACUCUAGCUAUCCAGAAAUAUGUCGAGAUCUCUUUUUGAGAACACAGGAAUUGGAGUGGAAAAGCAAACUGCUCUCUCAAUCGAAAAACCUAGAUUUUCGAAACUUAACUGGAUUCAUCAGACAGUUUCAUCGACAUCCUCUUCUUCACCAGUUUGCCAUAGCUCCUCGUGAGGCUAUGAUGCGAGACUGGAUAGUCAAUAUAGUAAUGAGACCAUUGUAA